GCCUGUCUGUGUCUCUCAUAUUGUGAGUUGUCGUGUGGGUUGCUCAUCUUCUUAUUCUCAAGUCUCCUCUAGGUGGAAACGCCUAUGAGAGAGAGGAGAUGUGCCUGCACUGACCAACCCCAUCUCCUCCUCCUCAUCCUCAUCCUUCUACUAUUCUCCUUUCCUUAAUUUCUCUGGUGAGUUUAUAAAGGCAGCAUAUUGUGAAUAUCUCCAAUUCACAUAUGGAACAUAAUCUUGACGUCAAGGUAUUAGCUGUCUCUGCCACCAUCUUUCUGUACCUUCAAUUCAAUUUCUGCAUUUCUCGAUAACAUAUACCGUCUCCUCAUUUUAAACUGUUAGUAUUUAUUGACUAGCCACACUGCCAACACUAUUCUCUUCAUGCACUGAGCUUGAUACCACAUCCACACAGGCAAAAACCCUCUCUUCUCUUCUUGCCUGUAAAAUGCAGAUCCAAAACUCAGCAACAUCAACACAGACCCACAAGAUUGAUCAGUGUCUUGUGAGCCUGUCAUCACAAGAAGAAAAACUUUCUGACGGUGGUAGAUUUAGUGCAACUUCAAGCAUUAUGGGGUCUUUCACUUCGCCUCCACCUUGUUCUGCCCUCAUUGGGGACUACAUUGGCGUUGAGAGUUGUCUUGAUCUGAAAACAAUUAUGAUAUUUUCACAUCAUCAUCAAAGGUGGAAAAUAGUCAGGGUUUCAGUCAAAGACGUAGCAAGAGGGAUCAAAGGUGUGCAAUGAAGGAGUUUCCACCACCAAUGCCAUCGCUCGCACGCACUGGGAACUUAUCUUCCCAUAUGCCUUGGGUUUUGAGGCGACACUACACAGAGGAUGGAAGAUUGAUUAUUAGAGAAGAGAGGGUGAAGCAUCAUGAGUACUUCCAGGCUCACAGAUGCAAUGGCCGUCUUACCUUGAAGCUUGUCCCUCUAGAUGAUGAAGUUUAUUCCCCUUAUCGCCAGGGUUACGCUGAUGAUUUAGAUGACAGUGAGAAUGAGUCCGAGUAUAGUCAUGAAGAAGUAAAAAAUGAGCUUGAGAACCGUCAAAUUGAAGAAGAAGAAGAACAAGAAGAAAAAGAUGAGACUGGGAACUGUAGCAAUGAAGAAGUAAAAAAUGAGCUUGAGAACUUUUGCAGUGAAGAAGAAAAAGAGGACAAGAAAGAAACAGGCAUUAUAGAUCAAUGUAAUGACAUACAAGUGAAUGAGAAUGGAAGAGACGAUGAAUAUGAUGAUGGUGUCAAUUAUUUCCAAAGUUGUAAUGGCAUUAUAGUGAAGGACAUCCUGUAUGAAGAUCAGAGAGUACCUUCUGCGGAGACCGGGAUUGGUGGAAAUCUGAGUGCAUUCAAGUGCUUGAAUAUUUACAACAGUGUGAGACCAGGCUCCAGUUGCAUAUUUGGGGUGCCACUACCAGCGAUGAGGCCUGUUCAUGGUUAGACAAGAAAAGGCAAGAGGAAAAAAAAAUUUUUUUUUUUUUGGAGAAUUGGGGUGAAGGGUAAUGUGGAUGGUUUAGUUUUGAGCGUGAUUAAGUUGAGGCGAAUCAUCGUUAUAGAUAGAUUUAGUUUAUUCCUUUCUUGCUCCAGGAGGCUGACGUACCAAGUCAAGAUUGAAGAGAGUGGGAAUUAAUCCUUAUUUUCUGUCUAUAUCAGUACUAGUGAACUCCCAUUUGAAAUU